GGCCGGAAUGGGCGGUCCCGGCCCGUAGCCCCCGGGGCUGCGGCUGCUCCUCCUCCUCCACCCGCUGGGUCGCAGCGUCUCGGCGGCCUCCGCCCGAUGCUGUCGGAGCUCGGGGUGUCGGCGGCGGCGUUGUGAGCGCUGCGGGCCCGCCGCCGCCGCCGCCAUGUCCGGCGUGGUGCGCACCCUGAGCCGCUGCCUGCUGCCGGCCGAGGCCGCGGGCCGCGCCGGGGACGGGCCGCGCCGGGACGCCAAGGAGCGGAGCCGCGACGCGGAGCGGGAGGCGCGGCGGCGCAGCCGGGAGAUCGACGCGAUGCUGGCCCGGGAGCGCCGCGCCGUCCGCCGCCUCGUCAAGAUCCUGCUGCUGGGCGCCGGCGAGAGCGGCAAGUCCACCUUCCUCAAGCAGAUGCGGAUCAUCCACGGCCGCGAGUUCGACCAGAAGGCGCUGCUGGAGUUCCGGGCCACCAUCUACGAGAACAUCCUCAAGGGCUGCAGGGUUCUGGUGGACGCACGGGACAAGCUGGGGAUCCCUUGGCAGUACACGGAGAACGAGAAGCACGGAAUGUUUUUGAUGGCCUUUGAAAACAAAGCUGGAAUGCCCAUCGAGCCUGCCACCUUCCAGCUCUAUGUACCUGCCCUGGGCGCGCUCUGGAGGGAUUCGGGAAUCAAGGAAGCCUUCAGCCGUCGGAGCGAGUACCAGCUGGGUGAAUCGGUGAAAUACUUCCUGGAUAACCUGGAUCGCAUCGGUCAGAUGAAUUACUUCCCCAGCAAACAAGAUAUUUUGCUGGCCAGAAAAGCCACGAAGGGGAUCGUAGAGCAUGAUUUCAUCAUUAAAAAAAUUCCUUUCAAGAUGGUGGAUGUAGGUGGACAGAGAUCUCAGCGUCAGAAGUGGUUCCAGUGCUUUGAUGGAAUAACUUCCAUUUUGUUCAUGGUCUCCUCCAGCGAAUACGAUCAGGUUCUCAUGGAAGACAGGCGCACAAACAGACUCGUGGAGUCCAUGAAUAUCUUUGAGACAAUAGUCAAUAACAAGCUUUUCUUUAACGUUUCUAUUAUCCUAUUCCUCAACAAGAUGGAUCUUCUCGUUGAGAAGGUAAAGACUGUCAGCAUUAAGAAGUAUUUCUCGGACUUCAAGGGCGACCCUCACAGGCUGGAGGACGUGCAGCGUUACCUGGUGCAGUGCUUCGACAGGAAGAGGAGGAACCGCUCCAAGCCGCUCUUCCACCACUUCACCACGGCCAUAGACACGGAGAACAUCCGCUUCGUGUUCCACGCCGUGAAGGACACCAUCCUGCAGGAGAACCUGAAGGAUAUCAUGUUGCAGUGAAGGAGAGCAGCCAGUGUUCUGUUACAAUUUUGCUGGAGGGUUAGAUCAAAGUUUUUAUCCUUUCUUUAUGGCCCUUGCAUGCGGUGUAGGACCCAUGCGAAUUACUUGGCUCAGGAAUGCUGUAAACUAGCCAGUCCAAACAGGAGCUAUAGGCCGGAGGAGUCACAUAUUGAUGUUAGCUACUGAAUCAUUUGGACUAGAAACACUACUGAACCCUGGCCAUGGUAGGUUCUGUACCAAUUUUGGGACGCUGAACAACACAACCACCUUCUGCCUUCUUAGAAAAAAAGAAAUCUCUGACAAACCAUGUAUGGAAGACACAUUGUUUUAAGUGAAUAUGCUCAUUUUUCAGAGACACUAGUCGUACAAACUGCCUUUUUUUUUUUGUAGUUUGGAGGUGCUGAAUCGAUCAAACUAAUCUAAACAUAAUGAGAUUGGCAGCUGUAUUGGAGAAUGUUAAUGGAAGUUCUGUUGUUAACCCUUAGGAAUAUAACCAGAUCUUGUGUGCGUGUUCAGCUUUGCCAAGGGUCUACAGUCCACUUACCGAGGUGGAUGCACAGCUCCUGUCUGAAGGUUUUGCCUGAGUCUCCUGAGGCAGAAAUCUAAAGCUGUGUAAGGAAACUCGUUUUGGAGUGAAUGGGAUGGGAAGCUGAAGCCUUGCUGAUAUGGAGAAGGGUUUAUUUUGCACUAUAGGUGAAGGUUGUUCCAUCAUAGGAAAACUGAUUUCCUUGGUGAAGCAGCCUGUGCUGGAGCACCCAACCACAUAUCUGCACAGUGGGUGCUCGAGUGAGAUGUACUCCAUGGAAACCCAGCACUGUUCUCACAGUGGGCAGCGUGUGUGAAGGUUCAGGAUCUCGUGGGACAGGGCUUCAUCUACACUCACAGGUUUGAAAGCUGAUCAAACUCUUAAGCAAAGGUUUUGGUAGCACAGCAGCUGCUUGAUUAGUCCCAACAGCUGACCUUAUAGGAAGACUGAGCACCCUAGAGAUCCCAGCUUUUCCAGCUGCACUGAUGUGUUUGGACAGCAAGACCUUGCUGUAAAAUUAGCCUUUAAUCUGUGUCUUAAUGGGAUCUUUAGCCUAUAGUAAUGCACAUGUAACUCUGAGCACAGCUGAGUUUGGAGUUGCCAGUUUUGGGCAGUGGUUUGUGUGUAAAAUGGUAAGAGGCUGUGAAUAAUGUUGAUCUGAACUCUGAAUUUCCUUGUGCUCUCAAUCUCUGUCAGGUGCCUUUUUUGUGUACAGACAUUGAAUCUUUUCUACUACAGUGGGGUACAUGGGCAAACCGAAGAUAUUGUAGUGCUCUCCUUUAGGUAACUCUCAAACAUAGUUUACUGUGCAAUUUUUGUCAUAGUUUUUAUCCAAGAAUAAAACCUGAAGGGCUGUUUGUACCCAUAAAAAGUCAGCAGAUUCCCUGGAGUUCUUAUCCCCUUUGAGCCUGUAAUGGCAUGUCAAAACAAGCAAUGUUUUACUUCAGCUGGUAAUCCCAUGGGAAAUGUGGUCAAAGAAAAGUCCCGUUCCGUUGUCCUUUCAUGUUAAUUUGGAUAAAAUCUGGAAUCUUUCUUCCCCUCUGAAGCUUGCAGAUGUUCAUAUCAGUAUUUUUGUGUAGUUGCCUGAUGUAGCAGCCCCUUGGCUUUCUUUGUGCAGGCUCCAGAGUGGAAAAGCUGUGGCUGUGUCAGUGCUUGUAACUGGCACAGUCCUGAGGUAAGAAGCAACUGAAAAGUUGCAGAUGGGAAAAUCUAACUUAAAUUUGAGCAAACUUAAACAGGAAUUAGUUUCCUUGCAACAAGUCUUAUUUUGCCAGGACCAACUUGUCUUUUUAAAUAUUUAUUCAUUUCUAACCUUGAAGGAGAAUAAUGUUGUGACUCUUAAUAUUCAGAUGGGAGGAAAAUCUUAAGAUUAUUACAUUUGAAAAGGUAAAUGUUCCAACACGGCGUGAUGCAGACAAGUUUACUCAUCGCAUGAGGUUGGUUUCUCUAAGCCCAUUUGUUUGGCUGAAGGCUAAGGCUGCUUUCAAAGCUGUCAGAUGUUUUCUGAGUUCUUGGUAGUGGUUUUCACUUCACACAAGACACUGGGAAAGACAAGGCAGUUGUGGGCUGACCUGACUUCUAGGUUGACUUGACUUCAGUUCUUAGUUUGCUGUGAGCUUUAUUCUUUCACUAAAUUUUCCAGAUGGGUUAAUAUUAUGCUUGUUUUCUCAAAUGAGUUAAACAUUCCCUUUCAACUGUAUUUUUUCUCAAGAAUUACCUCAGUUUUUUUGUCUGAAUCUACUGUAGUUUUAUCUGGAGGCAUAGCUUGGAAUUUCCUGUUCUGUUUUUCUCUUGACACUCAUCCAUGGUUUUGUAUCCUUGGUCACCUUACGGAUUUAAAACUCUCAACAGAGCUAAUAAUGCAGCUUUUAUUUUAAGUAACUUAAAAUCUGCACCUGGAAAAGAAACAGCAUGAGAUAUCUCAUAUUGAGCUCUCAAGCUUUUUUUUUGUUACGAUAUGGCAGUUUUGCACACUAAGUCAGGUUUAGGGAGCCAGUUUGCUCACCUUAGGCCCAUUGUUGCCUUUCUUCUUUUUAUUGAUGGAAUGGGCCUAAGUGAGGGGCCAGUCAGCAGUUUGGCUCUGUGGGCUCAGUGUUCUGUCAAAUUUGGAUAGUGAUGGAUCACAGUAGGAAACCAAGAUCAGGAAACUCUUUUUGCAGAAGUCAAGCACUUUUCAAGUUUGCCAAGUUGGUGGCCCAUGAGUAAAAAGGACGUGGGGGGAUUUUUUAAGUGUCAGCUUUCUCUGCAAAAUACACUCCACUUCUUGCCACAACUGAGGGUUUUGUGUUUGGGUUUUUUCAAGGUAAAUUGUAGUAUAGUAAAGCCAGAAAAUCAUGUUUUGGUAAAUCAGUUAAUUACUAAAGCAGAGCUUAGGUAGGAAGAAAAAAGCAGCUUUUUGCUGUCCCUCCUCUGCCACCCCAGGGUCAGUGACCAGUGAUGGAGGUUGUCUCUCCUGAGGACAAAGAGAGGAAGUGCUUCCAGCAUGUGCCUGUGGGAGAGACUUACAUAAUCUUGCAGUUUAAGUAGAAAAACUAACUAAAUGGGAGUCAUUUAUCAAACACUACUUUAUAUUUGUUGUCCUCAAAACAGGCUUUAAGGUAAUAGAUGUGUCAGUCAGUCCCAUUCCUUCAGAUUGCAGUGCUGUCAUUCUCUGAACAAUUCUUGGAUGCAUUGCAAGGUGACACAGGGAAUUGGAAUUAAAAAGGAAGAAUGGUUUUCUGGAAGUGACAUAUUUAAUAGGCACUUGUCACUUCAAACAAAUUAAGUGGUUCUUAAUGUUUAAAAUUAAUGUUGUUUAUGGAAUUGAAGUUACUGGCCACUCAAUUUUACAACUCAAAGAUUCUUUCAGUUUGAUACAAAGAAUUGAUCUUAUUAAGCAUGGCAGCAUAGAUUAUUUGACUUAUUAUAUUUGAUAUUUUUCAAUUAUUGCUGUGUAAAACCUAGAACUAGGCAUGUUACAAGCGCAAAGGAGCUCCUGAAGAUGAUAAUUUCCAGGCUUUCUGAGGCAGCUGAAGCCUCAGGCAGGCAGGCAGGCAGAGUGGAGAAACUAAUAGCAAAGGAACUGUAGGGAGAUGGAGUAGGAAGAACUCAUUUGUCCAUGGCACUGCAGACAAAAAUGGAAUUCCACCAGGAGAGCUAGAAUAUGGUAUGAAAAACAGUGCAUUUGAAAAGUGUGUCCCAUCCUGCUGAUGUGUUGUCCCCCCAUCCCCAUGGCCUCAUGCCCCCAGGUAUUCACCCAUCCUGGUUACUGUGACCUGCAAAAAAUUACGGAAUUGAAGAAAUUAAAGGAAUAGAAACGGAACUGCUGGAGAAACCAGCAGCUUUCUUUAGUGAGCCACAGCUGCCUUCCACAGAACAGCAUCUUAGAGAACAAGUCCUCAGCUGCCUUUGGAUGGGUGUCUUUGUAUUAACUAUGUUUAAACUUACAUUAACUUAUGUUUUGGAGUCUUUUCUAUGCAUGUACCUCUUUACUUCUGGGAAAAAAAAGUUGUUCUGCUGCAUGGACCUACAGGAUUUCUGUAAAAGGCCCCUCUGAUUUUCAAGUAGUGGGUUUUCACACCUGACUUAGCUUGGCUUGUGUCAUCAAAUUUUCAGGAGUACCUGCUGGAUUGAUGGAUGAUUUGAUGCACACCAGCCUGAGAGACAAACAUGAUAUGCAACAACACCUCCACACAGUGCAGUUUGUCUUGUCAGCCAAACCCUGAUCUCUCAUGACAAGAACUGUAAGUUUAGCUGUAGCCUCUUUUCUAUAUCCUUUUUCUAGUAUAAAAUCACGUGGUGUGGUCAGGGGUUUAAUAUAGCACUGCCAACUCUUUACCUCAUACUCCAAUUCUGUAACACAAAGUGGUGAGUGGGGGUGUUUCAGUAGCAACUAUAAAACAUCUGUGCCUACUUUUGUAAAUGAGCUUUUAACAGUUUUUUUAGGGAGCAUCCAUUAUGGAUCAGGAAGACUGGCAUGGUCUGGGCCAGACUUGGCCUGAGUUAAUACUGACUCCCCACAGUUCUAGAUGAGGACUGUCUAGCCUAGUGAGGAAUAAUUGGUAAGACAAUACAAAACCUAGUGCUUUUUAAUAAUACCUGUUUUGUAAUUAGCUGGAGUGAUCUCUGCUUUGUGCUGUGAAGUGGGCACUUCUUUGUUUUAACACUAAUCUUUUUUUACAUAGAUGGAAAUGAGAAAAGCCAGGACAUUUGAAGCUGAAACUGCUGCUGUGUUACCAGAUGAUGCUGUCCCUGUGCUCAUCUUGGUGGUUGGGCAGCUCAGCUCGAUUCUUGACAUUUUUGUCUUUCUAAUGGCAUUUGGAAAGCGGUGUUGAAGUUUUGUCUGUGUGUCUAUGCUUGUUUUCUUAUGGGGUGGGGAGUGUGGAGGUACUAGAUUGUCAGUGCUAGUGGUUCUGUGCCUGGCUUGAGGAACUGUGUCACAGCCCAGCUCUUGGCAUUCAUCUGAAAGUCGUAUCUUCUGUCUGGUGUGAAAAUACUCAGUCAGAGGGGGAAAAAAAGAGCAGCACUGACUUCCAAGGUGGGCAUUCUGGUAAAAAAAGCCAAAGUAUGUUGGAAGGGAGCAGGAGAGGGGAGCUAGUUUCUAAACAGAUCCCAAAAGCUGAUGGUGCUUGAAGACUGACUGUAUUGAAGUGAAAUGCCAUCUGCACUGACCCAAAAGCUUUGAGUGACUCCAGAGAGCUAUUGGCUGUGAAUUAAGAACAGCAGGCUGGCAAGGCUGGCCCUGCCAUUGUAAAUCUCUCUUCAUCUGUUCAUAACUGGGUGCUAAAACUCAAUUUUUACUAAAAUACACUAUGCAGAUCUCUGGCCAGACAGUGCAUCUUACUCCUUCCUGACAGCUUCUUAAACUUUCUUCAAGUACCAGAGCAUGAGAAGGUAAGAGACCUGGGUAAGAGGCUGUUUCCAUUAUUUGAAUAAAAACUACAUGUGAUGGAGAGCAUGAGAUGGAGAGCAACAUUUUUUAAGAACUAGGACCUGAGAGAGCAUCUUUUGAGGGAAGUGACAGAUUUGGAGUGGUGUGGAUUCUCUGCCGGUCCUUCCCGUCAAUCUCUUGUGCUGAGCUCGUGUGCAGGUGGUUGGGCACAAAGGCUGAGAGGAGACAGAAGGGAAGAAGGGGGAUGUGGAAGAGAAGUGAUCUGUUGGGAGCUCAUGAGACUUGGAAAGGUGGUUGAUGGACUAAGGUUUGGAAAUGUGUGUUCAAACUCCCGUUUGCAUUGAAGCCAUUAACUCUCCGUAGGAUAACGAGCGUCCCUCCAGUGAACAGCUCCUGUUACCUGGAAUGUGGAAUGAGCUUGAGUUGUUGAUACACAUUAAAAAGUAUUUCUGGAGACUGUGCUGAACAUGGCUAGUGUUUCUUGCUCUAGGGAUGAGUUGUCUUGUUUGUGGAACCAAUAUGUACGAAAGCAAACUGACAAAACACCAGGUUAUCUCGUGACAUGACCACGUAGCUUAGGAAGCCAAGUAAUGUUAUCUUCUAUUCUGCAAUGUACUUGCUCUCUGGUGCCUAUGCAUUAACACACAUACUAUGCAAUAUCAGUCUUUUUUUAAACCAGUUCACUGCAUUGGGCAACAAAGGCCUGAGUUUAGCCUUAAUUUUCUAAACAAUUCACAGGAAAGUACUUAAAAAACAGCGACAAACUAAAAGAAGGUGAAAAAUGCAUGAAGUAAAAGCACAGUUCCAGACUGCUCACAUAAGUGUCUUUCUAGCACCAAAACAGCAUCUGUGAUAGAAGCAGCUACUUGCUGUAAUAGUUUCAACUUAUGAAAACUGUGUACUAGAUAAAAUUAUAUUGUGAUGUGUAAAAAGUGUAUUUUAUAGCUUUGGUGACUUAGUUUACUGUUUUGUAUAUAUGAAUUUUAUAAAUCUAUUAAAACUUGACUUGUUAUACUGUUC